AUGGACCUACUGUCCACCAGAUACUUGAUGAAGAGCUUGAAUAACUUCUUGAUCGAGCCUGGUAUCAUGUGCAUGAGGUCUGAAGUCUAUGCCAGAACCAACAUAUCCAACAGUCCUCCUAGUGCACAUGCACCUGUAGCACUUCAUGAUACUGUUGCCACUGAAUAUGUCAUACAUCCCGAGCAACUUUACACAACAACUAAGAUCGUUGGUUGUGACGAAACGGAUGUUGUAUUUGUAUUGCCUUCCGUCUCUGUCAGAUCUGAACCAAACCUAUGA